GGCGCCCCUUGCCCUCCUCUUCCUCCCCUCCUCUUCCUCCCGUCCCCUCCUCCUCCCCCCCUCUCCCUUCCUCUCCUCCCUCCGGCCUCGUCACCGGGAGCUGGGGCCCGGCUGCGGCGUCCCGGGGCUGCCACGGGCGCAACGUGAGUCACGGGAGCCGCGGCGGCGACAGCGGCCCGAGCCCCAGGAUUCCCCGCGUCCCCCGUCCCGGACAUGAGGCCGCUGAGGGGAAGGGGCUGACCGCGCGCUGAGAUCUGCUGAGCCCCAGCCGUCGCCAUGGCCUCCCAGCCCCAGCCCCUGCACCCCCCUUUGCCCUGCGCCUCGGGGGGGGCAGGACUGGCGGCCGGCAGCCCCGAGAAAGGCACCGCUCGCCCCAAACCUCCCAUCCGGCCCAAGCCCCGCGUGCUGCCCAAGCCGUCCGUGCCUGCCAAGCCUCACCCGCCGCCGGGGCCGCGGCACCCUCGCCCCGAGCUGCCCUCGGCCGAGAAGAUGAACCGCCUGGCGGGGCCCCAGCCCUACGGCGGGGGCAGCUCCGGGGGGGGCCUCAGGCGCCCCUCCUUCACCGUCAAGUCUCCCGAGACCCCCAACGGGAAGGGGCUCCCGUCCCCGCCAGUCUCGGCCCCCGAAGACUCGGGGUCGAGCCCCGCCGGCGAGAUGCCUGCAGCCCCCCCGACGCCUUCCCGCAAGGGCCCGGCUCCCUUUAAGGUGACCCCGGUGCCUGUGGCGACCAAGCCGGAGCGAUUCCCAGGCACCACCGUGGAGGAGAUCCUGGCCAAAAUGGACAGCAAGGAGGGCCCGGGAAGCCCCGACCGGGCCCGCCUCUCUCCCUUCUGCCCCGAUGCUGCCCCUCGCUUCGGCUCCAAGCCCUUUGCCGCCGUCUUCAGGAGGCGCCCCAGCGGGGAGGCGGAUGGAGACCCCCCCGGUGAAGCCCACCAGCCCCCUCAGCACGCUGGGGGGGAGCCGGGGACGGGGGGUGACAGAAGUUCAGUGGCUGAAAUGAGCAGCGGCUCCUCCCCAGCCGGCCUGAGCUGUGCCGGGGACCCCCGCAGACUCUGGAGGCCGCCGUCUCCCCCUGACCUCUCCUCUCUCCAGCUGGGCACCCUCGGACCCCCUGGCUCCCCGAGAUCCCCCGCCUGCCCAGCUCCAGCCCCGGGAGCUCCUUUCCAGCCCGCUGAGCCCUCCGCCUUGGCCCCCGGCUCUCCCGAUGCCCCCCCAGAGCUGCUGGCCCCCGGCUCCCCCACCCUGGCCCCCGGCUCCCCCGACUCCCCCGCUCAGCCCCCGGCCCAGGAGCUCUCGGCUGCCUCCAUCCAGGCUCCGGGCGCCCCGGCCGAAGCCCAGCUCGGUGCCUCCCGCUCCCCCGGCUCCCCGCACACUCCCAGUGAGGGGUCCCCCGCUUCCGCCAGCCCCCCAACACCAGGCACGCCCCGGCUGCCCCCCCGAGCCACCUACCCCCCCGGCUCUCCUGAGGCUGCCGCUGAGCCCCCAGCCCCCCCCAGCCCACCCCUCGAGCCCCCUGCCAGAGUUUCUCGUCCCCCGGGCUCCCCAGAGGGGCCCGAUGACUCCCCUGCGUCCCCACAGUCCCCCGAGGGUCCCGAUUUCAGCCUUCCUCCCCCCAGCAGGGACUCGGGGCUCCGACGCUCCUCAGAGGGGGUCCUGCAGCCCCCGCCCAGCGAAGGGCAGGGCAUGGGGGAGCUGGGGGGCUCGCUGAGCGCCCUGCCCCAGCCCGGGGACCCGCCGUCGGAGCGCUCGCUGGGCAGCGAGUCCAGCUGGAGCCUUUCGCAGUCCUUCGAGUGGACGUUCCCCCCGCGGGGGGCGAGGGGGCUGCCGUCCCCCCCCAGCUCCCCCAUCAGGGAGGCGGCCGACUCGGGGCUCUCUGAAGAGGACGAGUCAGAUGGGGAGGCUGCGGGCUCCCGAGGGGACGGCGGGUCCCACAGGGCCGGCAGCUGGGCGGCGGAGGGGGCUCCGUGCCCAGGGGGGCCCGUAGCCAAGCUGGAGGCCGAGGGCUCGGCGGAGGAGGAAGAGGAGGAGGAGGAGGAAGAGGAGGCAGAGUGGAACAGCACCGUGCUCCACGUGACAGAGCCCGACCAGGACCCGGCUGAGCCCGAGCCCCCUGUCGAGGCCACCCCGCCAGAUCCAGCCUCUCCGGAGGCCAAAUCCUGCUGGGAGCCGGGGCCGGCAGGUGACUCUCCCGCCAGCCUGCAGGGCCCCGGCGGGCCAGGCCAGGAGGAGAGCUCCUCGAAGGCUCCCGACGCCCACCCCGACCCAGGCUGGCUGACCGAGCUGCUGGCGUCGCCCGGGGCUCGCGCAGCGGGACGCGGCUCACCGGAGGCCGACGGGUCGGAGGACCUGCUCGGCUGGUCGCGGAAGGACCUGUGCAGCGAAUUCGGCAUCGGGAGGUCCCAGCGGGCCGCUGCUUUUGACUGGAGCCGCGAGGCUGUAGCCAGAGACAGAGACUGGCCCGGAGAGGUGGGACAGGACCGGGAAUUCAGGACCAAACCAAGCUGGGACACCAGCCACAGCGUGAGUGAUGUGGAGCAGCAGGACAGGGCCUUUGGUGCUGCUGAGAGGGACUGGAGCAGCAGUUACAAAGGGACAGAGCUGAUGGGGGACACGGGGCUGGACUGCGGCACCUGGCCCAAAUCCCACGGCCUGGGGGAAAGCUGCCUGCAGGAUCAAGACUUUGGCAAAGCCAGCUGGGGCGCUGGCUACGGCUUAGACAGCGCGGGCGGCAGAGAGGAGGUGAGCUCCGGGAAGACUGAAUGGAGCAGGACCUACGGCGUGGGACACGGGCAGCAGGAGAACAAAGAGCUGAGCUCCAGGCAGCCCAGCUGGGCUGGCAGGUACGGCUCUGGGGACCCGGAGACCCAGGACGGGGAGCUCGCACCCGUGUGGGCCGGUGAGUACGGCACCGGUGACGCUGAGAUCAAGGACAGGGAGAUGGGCGCAGACUGGGCCAGCAAAUACAGCGGCAGGGAUGCUGAGAGCAAGGACGAGGACUUGACGCUGGGCUGGGCUGGCAGAUCCAGCACUGGGGACACCGGCACCCUGGACAAGGAGUUUUGCCCCAGCAGGUCGGCCUGGGAUAGCAAAUACAGCAGCAGGGACAUGGAGAGCCAGGACAGGGAGUUCAGCCCCAGCAGGCCAGCCUGGUCUGGCGAAUACAGCACCCAGGACAUGGAGAGCCAGGACAGGGAGUUCAGCCCCAGCAGACCGGCCGAGGCCAGUGACUACAGCACGAGGGACAUGGAGAGCCAGGACAGGGAGUUCAGCCCCAGCAGGCCCGCCUGGGACAGCGAGUACAGCACCAGGGCCAUGGAGAGCCAGGACAGGGAGUUCAGCCCCAGCAGGCCGGCUGAAGGCGGCGGGUACGGUGCCGGAGAGGAAGAGACCCAGGACAGGGAGUUCAAACCCAGCAGGCCGGCCUGGGAUGAUGAGUACAGCACCAGGGACAUGGAGAGCCGGGACAGGGAGUUCGGCCCUGGCAGGCCAGUCUGGGCCAGCGAGUACGGCUCCGUGGCCACCAGAAAGGAAGAUUUCAGUCCUGGCCGGCUGAGCUGGGCUGGCGAACGCGGCAUAGCGCAGACGGAAGCGGGCAGUGCUUUCGGUGUCAGAACAGAAGACUUGCCUGGCUCCUCUGCCCCCCGUCACCCGUCCCCGGAGUCGGGCUGGGGCAGCAGCGACCAGCAGGAGAGCGGUGCCAUCGGCCCCGGGGGCUGGAUUGAAGAGCUGCGCCUCGGGGGAGCUGAGCACCACAACCAGUUCGGCGUCAUUGGGAUGGACCAGGUGCCCGACCCCUCCGGCACCGCAGCGCCAGCGGGAGGCCCCAUGUCCUGGAGCGGUGAAAUGAGCUCUGCGGACCUGCAGGAGCCCGGGGAGCCCCCGGGAGGCUGGCACGGCGAUCUCCCUGUCAGCCCCUCGGCUCCUACCACUAGUACCAGCGAGGGUGGACCGGGUCAGAUGGCCUGGGACGAGGACGGGGCAACCCCGGGCAGCGCUGCCCGGCCCCGGGAGGACGAGGAGGAGGAAGCAGGCUGGAGGCAGCACCAGGAGGCAGGUGGCUGGAGUACGGAGCUGUGCGAGGCUGAGGCCAGGCGCCAGGAGUGGGCCAGUGCCUUCGACGCCCGCUGUGCGGCCCGCAGCCGGGAUUUCAGUGCCGGGGAGCCGAGCCCAGGAGACCGCGGUGCUUCGGCAGAUGGCAGGACCCCCAUGGACAUCCGCCUCUCGGACCCCAGCCCACCCUUGGGUGCUGAUGCUCUGGCUGAGUGCACCGACGUGGGGCCGAGCCCCCAGCUGGAGCCCCUAGCCUCAGAGGCCCCCCGGGACGAGGACGAGCCCAGCCCCGCAGAGGACGGGGACCUGGCUGCUGCCCCCCCUCUGCCGGAGGCUGGUGGCGGGACCCCGCCAGAAGCAGAGAGCCAGGAGGAGGCCCCCUGGGACCACCCGGAUGGGAAGAGACUGCAGAGCUGCGAGGAAAAACCCUCUCAGCCCGAGGGACCUGCGGAGCUCUCUGGGCAGGAAUUCACCUUUCUGGAGGACACGGAGGUCCUGGACAGCACCGUGUACCGGAGCAAAGCCAACCUGGGCCGCAAGCGGAGGCACCGGGCGCCCGCUCUCCGCCCCGGGGCCACCUCCGAAGGGGACAGCUGGAUCUUCCAGGACUCCACAGAGCCCCGUCCAGCCCGCGCAGCGGUGUCCUCCGACGAGGAGGCAGCAGAAGAGCCCAAGAGCCGGCGGGUGCGAGCGUCCCCGUCGGGCAAGGGCGUCAAGGUGCCGCUCUUCCCCGGCCUCAACACGUCCGCCCUCAAGGCCAAGCUGAGGGGCCGAAACCGCUCUGCCGAGGAGGGGGCGCUGCCAGCAGACAGCAAGGCAGCCCCCCCCAAAGGACCCCCACGUGCAGCGCUCCAAGUCCUGCAAGAUCCCCGGCCUGGGUGGGAAGCCCCUCACGCUGCCCCCCAAGCCGGACAAGUCCUCAGGGUCGGACGGCUCCCCCCCCACUGGCUGCAAGCGCUGAAGCUGAAAAAGAAGAAAUCAUGAGCUGAUCUGGCGGGGCUCGCUCUCCUGCCAGCGUGGCCCCGGGAGGCUUACGGCCAGCUCCCCCAGGACCAGGUCUCCCCCUCCCCGUGGCAGGACACACACACACACAUCUAUGCACUUUGUAUGAUGCUCGCAGGGUCCCCUCCCCAGUCACUUCCUGCCCCCCUCCGAGGCCCGAGGGACUCCCCCAGGGUCUCUCUUCCUCUGCCCACCCCCUCAGCCCCCACGUUUCCUGGGGGCUGGGGGUGGUGGUGGAAAUCCACAAGCCCCCCUCCCUCCCCCUCCCCCUCCUAUCACCCUCCAGACCAAGAGCAGCAGGUCAUUAUUUUGGUGCCACUUUUCAGGACAAUAAAACUUUGUUGGUUGGUUC